UUUAAGAUGUGUUAUGACAACACCGGGGUAUAAAUAAUCAGGACUACGCUUAAAAAAUUCAACAGGAGCUAGCAGACACAUUUCUCUGACCUGACAAAACUGCUGGAACUGCAGAAACCAUGGGUGUUCGUGGACUCCUAGGUUACAUGGAAGAAAACAGGAAGCAGUUUUUUAAGGACCUGAAGCUAAAAAACACAACACUUAUAAUUGACGGAUGCAACUUUUACUUCAACCUGUACUUCUCCUCACCCUUGGACCAGCAGCAUGGGGGAGACUAUGAUGCCUUUGCCAAACUCAUUCGAGAAUUCUUUAAGGUUCUUUUCACCUGCAACAUAAAACCCAUUGUCUUGCUGGAUGGGGGAGUUGAUUACACCAACAAGAAAUUUCAAACACGACAACAGCGAGCCCAGAACAACAUCGAGAAGGCUGUUGAUCUGUCACGUGGGUUAGGAAAGUCGCUCUUGCCACUCCUCACCAAAGAGGUGUUCAAAGAGGUGCUGCACAGCCUUCAUGUCACCUUCAUCCAGUGUGUAAAUGAGGCUGAUUGGGAGAUCGCCUGCUUGGCCAGCGAGUGGAACUGCCCAGUGCUAUCUGCGGACAGCGACUUCUUUGUCUUCGACCUGAAGGGUGGGUACCUCCCCUUCCAGUUGUUCCAGUGGCGCAACAUUCGCGUGUGCCCAGAGACCUCAGAAAGGUACAUUCCAGCCUCGUGUUUCUCCAUCGACGACUUCUGCGCCCGCUUCAAUAAGAUGAACAAAGAGCUGCUCCCUCUCUUUGCGGUGAUGGCUGGCAAUGACUUCACCAACCUGGGGGACAUGAGGACAUUUUUCAGCUGGGUCAACGUCCAGGGGUCCGGCCACUCUGCGCAUGGCAGGACGAGGGUCCAAAUUGACGUCCUGCUCCGUUGGCUGUCCAAGUUCCCUGGGCCGGAGCAAGCUUUGGACGCGGUUGUACAGGUUCUCGGGGACAGUGCUCAGGACAGCAUCCGACCCCUGCUGUCCUCUGGGAUGCAAGAGUACAGACUCUCCCCCAGCAACCUCCCACAGUACAUCAAACAAGGAGAAAUGGUGCCCAAUCUCCCAGAGCCUCUCAGAGACUUGCCUAAUUGGGUCCUGGUUGGCCUGCCCAGCGGCGACUUGCCCUCCCUCAUCCUCGAAGUGCUGGCGGUGCAGAUGACCAUGAUGCGAACGCAGGUGGAGGACCCCCAGCGUCCCAGCAGCCACACGGCCUCCCUGCCAAUCCGCAAGGUCCUGUACGGGCUGCUGCUGCAUGGCAAAAGCAUGCCUCUCCAGGAGCCGUGCACAAAGAACAGAAAGAUCGCUCACCCAAACGAGGGCAGCCCACAUUACCAUGUGCGGGAGUUUGACAGGGAGGGUCUCAACUUGAAGGAAUUCCAUGUUCAGGCUGACCUCCCAAGUGGCAUCCAGCACCUGCCUCUGGAGACACUGAAUGAGGUGCCUCUUCCUGAUCGACUCCAGGUUCUCCUGAAGACUCUGAAAGUGGAUGAGUCCAUCGCCAAUGCCGUGCUCCCUCAUCUCAGCUUACCUGUUUGCGUUACCUGCUACUGGCUAAACUGCUCCGAGCCCAAACCUGACCUGCAGAUGGUCCAGGCCCUGCUGCUGGGCAUCGUGUAUGGAGAGCUCUGCAGAACUCAAGGGCCAGAGGCUGGGGAUCCGGAUUUGCAGGCCGUCUGCGAUAGGCUGGGCGGGCUACGGGUUGCAGUGCGCGAAAGGAAAGGGUUAGACCUGAAGGUUGCCCAUGCUUACAGCCAGUGGCAGUCCUGCCUGUGGAUGAGCUUCUACCUGAACCAGCUGCUCCGGUGUCCACUCCCAGAGCCAGAGUGUGCCUGGUUGUACAGCGGGACGUUCGCGCACGGUGCCGUGAAGAAGCUGAGGACGGGUAUUAUCCCCGAGGUCCUGCUGGGAGGAGCCGGCGUUCCCGCGAGGCUCUACGAGACCAUCCAGUGGGCCGUGCAGCGUUCCGUGGGCACUGACUUCUUCACCCCGCCUUCCAGGAGGCAAAAUAUUGGGGCUGGAGCCGCUGUUGAAGAUAAGUAGGCAACACUCAGUUCGCAUUUUUGAUGCGUACUGAUGUUGCAGUCUUACGAGGAGACUGCCGUAAAAAUGUGUCAUUCCAUUAUUAAUUACAGCUCAGGAAUUGCUUGCCCAUUUGCACUGUACCUAAAAAUACAUUGUAACAGCAUAGCUGGGAAGUUUUUACUUUUGCAAUAUAUUCAAAUAUCCUUCUUUUUAAGACACACAAUAUUAAUUAUGUGCACAAUUCAUGAUGUGCAGAUUUUACUUGUAGAGGUCCUAUUUUAAAGCCUCAAAUUAUUGUAAUGCAGAAGACUAUGUACACUUAGGGGACAUUUUUUUAGUAAUCAAAGUUGUGUGUGUGUCAGUUCGAUAAAGUUGUUUCACCCAGGCUUAAGAUAAAGAUGUUUUGCUUGAUUAACCAGAAGCUUUGCUUGAAUACUAGCAAGCUAGACCAGCUGAAAGCAAGUGUCUCCGUAUGUGGUCAGCUAAAAGCUACUAUGUUUUGUUUGCAGUGAAAAAGAAUGUACAUGGUUGGAACAAUGUAGUAAUUUAACAAUGAGUCACCAAAACACCAAACCCAAAACCCAAGCCUCCAGUCACAACAAGGCCCACCCUUCCCAAAAAAUCCCUCAGCCUGGUGCUGCACCCAACCCCCUUGUCUGAGUGCCCACCCACCUCACACAAAGAUGGGCCCUUCCUCCUGCGCUGACAGCCUCCGAGGCCGACGCUGAACCCCUCCCACUCCCCCGAAUCCCCGACCACAGCCCCCGCCUUAGCCCAGGCCAGCCCCCACCCCUGGGCAUUUUACUUCCUUCUUUUUAUUCACUCUUUAGUUUUUUACUAAAGAGUGGGGCGACAUAGCUCAGGAGGUAAGACCGAUUGUCUGGCGGUCGGAGGGUUUCUGGUUCAAACCCCGCCCUGGGCGUGUCGAAGUGUCGUUGAGCAAGACACCUAACCCCUAACUGCUCUGGCGAAUGAGAGGCAUCAAUUGUAAAGCGCUUUGGAUAAAAGCGCUAUAUAAAUGCAGUCCAUUUACCACAUAAUGAUAUAUGCUUUUAUUUAAAUGUUUUUUAUUCUUCUAUGGUUUAUUUAUUUAUUUUUUGUCAUCCUGUGCUUACUGUUUCAACACAUGUUACUUCAUUUUUAAUGUAUUUGGAAAAGCACUUUGCGCUGAAUUGUGCUUAAAAGCUGUGGGCUUGGUCACUUGUUUUUUUUUUUUUUUCCAUUUGAAUACGCUUGGCUAUUGAGAAUGUAAUAAUGAGCUCCUGGCUUGGCUCCCUCGAGCGAGGGGGGGUAGAACUUAUUGUGCAACGGAUGAGAUUGCCACACGUUACACAGAGGAGCUUGGCAUUUAAUGAUGAGAAUGGAAUGUCUCUUCCCCUCCCUGCAUGGUGCAAAAGAAGAACAAAGGAAAUGGAAAGUACAGGAGGCUUGAGCUAACUGUAACAUUGCACACAGGGACUGUCUCGCUCAGGUGUAUAAGCUUUGCUGAAUCUCAAGAUAGUUGAGAUGCCCUGUAAGCUCCUUUGAAAAGGUGUUUGAACUGUUUCUCCGAUUUGAUCAAAUAUAAUAAAGAGUGAUUCUGUGUGAA